GCACGAUGGAAAAAAUGUGAGGGUCACUUAUCAAGUUUUACCAAGGUUCAUUUAUAACUCUUAAUUUGACCAAUUUUGAACUCUCAGCUUGAUAGCUACAACGGGAGGGGUGAACUGGGAAAUAGCUAGGAUAAGAGCAUCUUCGUAUGGGGUAUGAUUUAUUCUGUAUGCGGACGGGACGAGUAGUGUCACUGAGUGUCUGAAAGGAAGGCAGGCGGACUGGUCAGUCGCGUGGAUAACGUUACCUCCCAAGAGCAUCGCGUAAUGAAAGCCCUCAAACAUCCUGCGGUUUUCCUGAUGUGACUGACCCAUGGACAUCAGUUUUAGGUCCGCUUCUAUUAUAAAAGAGUGGAAAGCAUCUUGAACAUUGCUUUGGAAACAGCGACGUCUAACGACGAACAUUUGACAUGACAGGAGUUUGUGGAUGCUGUGGGGCGUUAAGACCCCGAUACAAGAGACUUGUGGACAACAUCUUUCCAGAGGAUCCAGAGGACGGGCUGGUGAAGGCCAACAUGGAGAAGCUGACCUUCUACGCCCUGUCUGCCCCAGAGAAGCUGGACAGGAUCGGGGCGUACCUCUCAGAGAGGCUGUCCCGGGAUGUGGCCCGCCACAGAUAUGGGUACGUGUGUAUUGCCAUGGAAGCCCUGGAUCAGCUACUAAUGGCCUGUCACUGCCAGAGCAUUAACCUGUUUGUGGAGAGCUUCCUGAAGAUGGUUCGCAAGCUUUUGGAGGCCGACAAGCCCGACCUGCAAAUCCUGGGCACCAACUCGUUUGUGAAGUUUGCCAACAUUGAGGAGGACACACCGUCCUACCACCGCAGCUAUGACUUCUUUGUCUCCCGCUUCAGUGAGAUGUGUCACUCAAGUUACGAAGACCCGGACAUUCGCACAAAGAUACGCAUGGCAGGGAUCAAGGGCCUGCAGGGCGUGGUGCGGAAGACGGUGAACGACGAGCUGCAGGCCAAUAUCUGGGACCCGCAGCACAUGGACAAGAUCGUGCCUUCCCUACUGUUCAACCUGCAGCAGGGCGAGGGCACGGAGAGUCGCUCCCCCUCUCCGCUGCAGGCCUCAGAGAAGGAGAAGGAGAAGGAGAGCCCAGCGGAGCUGACAGAGCGCUGCUUCAGAGAACUGCUGGGCCGUGCUGCCUACGGCAAUAUCAAAAAUGCCGUCAACCCCGUCCUCAUGCACCUCGACAACCACUCUCUGUGGGAGGGCAAAUCCUUUGCCGUUCGCUGCUUCAAGAUCAUCAUGUACUCCAUCCAGUCCCAGCACUCUCACCUGGUCAUCCAGCAGCUCUUGGGACACCUGGAUGCAAACAGCAAGAACUCGGCCACAGUGCGAGCUGGGAUAGUGGAGGUCCUGCUAGAGGCGGCCGCCAUAGCAUCCAGUGGCUCUGUGGGCCCCACAGUGCUAGAGGUGUUCAACACACUGCUCAGGCAGCUGCGUCUCAGCGUGGACUAUGAGCUGACUGGCUGCUACGACUCCUGUGGAAACAUCGGCUCCAAGGUCAUCAAGGAGCAUGAGGAGAGGCAGCUGCAGGAGGCCGUCAUCAAGACAAUAGGAUCGUUUGCCAACACGCUGCCCACCUACCAACGCUCCGAGGUGAUGCUCUUCAUCAUCGGCAAGAUCCCGGUGCCCGGCAUGCACCCCACACUGGCGUCGGCAAAGUCCGGGUUCGAGGGCAGUAGGAUGAUCCAGGUGAUGUUGUUGAAGUCACUGUUGCAGGUGACAACAGGAUUCCAGACCACCAACAUGCUGACGGCCUUGCCCAGCUCGUUCCUGGACCCUCUGCUGUCCCUCACGCUAAUGGAGGAUGCAGAGAUCCGUCUCCUGGUUCUGGAGAUCCUGGUCAGUCUGAUCGAUCGCCAUGACAACCAGCCCAAGUUCUCCUCAAUCAGCAUCAUCUCCGACAUCUCAGAGGAUAAUCUCUUCAUGAAGAAGCAUUCCCAGCAGCUGUACCGGCACAUCUACAUGGCCUGUAAGGAGGAGAACAGCGGUCAGCGACACUUUGAGACGCUCUACGCCCUCCUGGCCCUCAUCAGCAUGGAGCUGGCUAACGAGGAAGUGGUCGUGGACCUCAUACGCUUGGCGCUAGCCAUGCAGGACCUGGCUUUGUCCAAUGAGGAUAUGCUUCCAGUGUACAACCGCUGUGCUGUCCAUGCCCUUUCUGCUGCCUACUUGAACCUUAUCUGCCAGCUGACCACCGUGCCAAGCUUCUGUCAGCAUGUUCACGAGGUGAUUGAGACGCGACAGAAAGAAGUCCCUUUCUUGCUUCCGGAGAGUGUGUUCAUCGAAAACCCAAGUGUCCCUAAGAGCGUGGAUAAGCUGGAGGGCGAUGUGCUUUUCCUUCAGUCCAAGAUAACAGAGGUGCUGGGGGGCAGUGGCUACAACACGGACCGCUUGGCCACCCCUUACGUCCCACAGUUCACAGAUGAAGACCGGCUCUCAAAGCGGAAGAGCAUUGGGGAGACUAUCUCCCUGCAAGUGGAAGUAGAGUCUCGGAACAGUCCUGAAAAGGAGGAGAGAACUCCAGCUGAGGAAAUCACUUUUGAAACUCUGAAGAAUGCGAUUGUGGACAGCAUUGGUAUGGAAGAGCAGGAGAGAGAACGCAGGAGGCAGGUGGUGGAGAAGUUUCAGAAGGCCCCCUUUGAAGAAAUAGCUGCCCACUGUGGUGCCAGGGCUACUUCCUUGCAGAGCAAACUCAACCAGAUCUUUGAGAUAACAAUCAGGCCUCCACCCAGCCCCUCGGGCACCAUCACCGCAGGCUACGGGCAAAUGCAGAGCCGCUCGGUGCCCGUCUACGAAAUGAAGUUCCCCGACCUCUGCGUGUACUAGUGCGCAGGGUUAGCGGAGGGCCCAGCCAUUCUGGAGCGCAGGAGGCAGAGACAAUGGCAGAAAGCUGUGGAACAGCGCCCCCCUCCACCCCCCUUUCGCUCCUUCGCUCCUUCAGACAGGGUUGAACUGACGAUGGGUCUCCAUCCGCACUGUGAAAAAAACGAGCGGCUCGCCCCUUCCGACCCCUCCCGCCCCCCGAAGGUGAAGACCCGUCGCUGACCCUCCCCCUCUGCUCCCACUGCUGUCGUCGCCAAAAAUCUGCACGGGCACAGAGCCCUGCGUUUCACUGUGUCUGUCCUAGAAGGAGAAGAAGAGGGGGAGGGGGAGAGAGGGGAGAAUCUCAAACUUGUGGGAAGUAACGGCAUGCCUUCGAGACAAAUGCAUCCUGUUUUCAAGGGGAAAAGGCUGCUGGGAUUCUGGCAGGACCUCCCGCUCAUCUCCACCGUGUUGUCUGUCCGCACUGUCAUGUUCAGUGUGUAACUCGCUACAUCAUUCAGGCCAUAGUAAACAGGAAAGGCUGGAAGGAGAGCUGUCGGUUGUUGACCUGCUAAUACAACCCAGGGGGUGCACUGCAUUCACAGCCUUGAAGGGGUUUCUUGUGAGCAUUUCAUGUUCUAUACAAGUGCUUAUUGUUGUCAUGGUAUCCAGUAAUGCUGUUUUGAGGUGAAAUAACAACUAAAAUAGCCAUACACAAGUAUAAAGACGUUGAGUAUACGUAUACUCUACUUAUACUGCAUUUAGAUAUUGUAUGUUAAAAUGAUUAAUUUAACUUGUGUGUUGAUCCCUGUUCUCUGUAGAAAUCUGACACAAGGCAUCACAACUCCCUCUAAAAGAGGGAAAGAGGAAAAAAAAAAAACUCAUUACCCCGAUGAGCAUAAAUGUAUUAUAGAAAAAUAUAUUGUAAAUUUUAAUUAUUCAGUAUUGUAUUUUCUCUUACUGUUUUAGAUAUUUACGUGAAAGGAAUAUCAGUGUAACACAGGCUAUGUUAGACUUGUCUAUUUUAGAUUUAGUGAAGAAGCGGCUCUGCUAUUCAAAAGUAUGCAAACUCCAAAUCCUUUCGCGUAGUUUUAAAAAGCUAGUAUCUGUGGUGGAGAGCCAGUGCUUUAAAGCCCGUUAAUGUUUUGUGUUUUAUUAGGAAAAAUAACACUUAGAAUCUUAUUUUGCUGUUCGACAUCAGGUAGUGCAUUGGUGCUAGUUCAAAAAUAUUUUUUCAUAACAUCUAUGUUUGCUUUGCGUAGGUGUGCUGGACAUUUAAUUCACAGGUGGGGUUUAUUUUCACCAAAAAUGGGAGUGCCUUAUGUGGGACUCAUAAUUUGUUAUUUACACAUGAUUUAAGAACACAGUAUGGUCUCAUUAAGAAGCCAGAAGGGUUUUCUUUAGAUUAAAUAUUAAUAAUUAAUGCAUGUCUGUUGAAAAUAUGGUGUAGCCAUGUUUCUAAAUUUAUAUAAGACCAUAUUAAAUGACAAAGAUGGUCAGCUAUCUUUAGAUCAACCUACAGUAGUCAUUGUUUCCUGUUUUAGUAUGAGGUAUUUAAAAGUACUUGUGAAGUCAUACCUGGAUGUAGGUAUAUAUAUCUAUCAUUUAUAUAUAUUAGGCACAUAUAUAUUCUGGAUUGCACUGAUUAACAACAGGAGAAUCUGCUUGUUAAAUGUAAAACCCUACCCAGGAAAAGUGAGGAUACCUAUCCUGAAGUUGAAGUGUCCAGUAGAAGGGAUUUUGAAAUAAAAUGCAACUUUCUGAGUCCAUCGCACAUAAGAUAUAGGCGGCUGACGUACCGUAGGCCUAUAGCCAGUCAGCAGUUACAUUUCUGCUGGAAUUGUCACCGUUAAAGAUUGUAAUGUUAAAUAUUAUGUCCCGCGAUAAUGACAUCACAAGUCAUGCCUUUCUCUACAGUGCUUUACCCGUGAAAUCUGCAGUCCAAUUGAUAAGAAGUGAAAGCCUCUUUAGCCAACUUUGGUGCAGAUGGCUCCAGAAAUAUAUCCACUCCUACUACUAGCUCUGGUUAUGUUCCCAGUUUACUAAAAUAGCUUUUCAUUUCUAAUGGAAGCAUAACUCUUAUACUUGUUAAAUACUAAGGCAAUAAACCCAUUUGUAGGUUGUCUUGUCAUCUGUCUCUUGACCGCCUGUCUUCCCGUUAAAGCCUUUGGUCAUCGUGCUGUGCAUUUACACCAAAUGUGAGGUUCUAAAUUCGUUACAUCGUUUGAAGUGAUGAACAGAAAUCAAAACCCUGCUCAUUUAUUGCAGUGGUUGCUGUUUAUUGGUAGCAUACCAAAAAGGCUUCUGGAGACUAAAGUGACCAACUGUGGUUCUUAAGUGUGUAGCGUAGACCUGUAUGGUUGUACACGCAUGUGCUUUCAAGCGUACUGUCUGUAUCCAUUACAUUUGUUGGAUGUCCUGUUGCAUGGAGGUUUGUGACGACUUGGCCAGUGUUUGCAGUUGUGUUUUGUGAUGGUCACAUGGGCAGCCCUCUCCCCUAGAGACCAAACCAAACCCAGCUUACAUAACCUUGUCCAAUGCCCUCUCACGUUUUGGGUGAAUUUAAGAUAAAAAAAAUUCUUGGGGCAGAGCCUCCAUUGAAGUUCUGAAUAACGCCUAAGUUUUUACCUUACUUAUAAGUGUACAUUCAAACUCUUGAAUAAAUUGUGUUAGUUCUUCUGAGUUCUAGAAAUUAAGUUAAAUGGUUUGCCUAGUGGAAUGCAGCUAUCUUCUGGGCACAACUGCAUCAAAUUGUAGUCUAUGUACCAGCAUCUCAAAAAGAGUUUGUUUUUUAAAUGUGAAAAAUCAGGGCAAAAAAACUUCCAGAGAUGCAUGGAUUUCCCUGUCUUGAGAGCUCACUAGAAUCAGAUUUUCAUUGGAAUUUCACAAUUCACACACACAAUUGAUAACUUUAUUUCAUUUUUUUCUUUAUUGUUAGUUCCAAAUUCUUUGGAACUAUUUCAUCUCUGAAAAGUGUGUUCCUUUAGUAAUCAAAGGAUAAAUAGUCUUUCAGUGUCAAUAUGUGUAUACUCUAAAAAGAGCAGAACGAGUUUGAGAUUUGAAUGUUUGACUGAAAACUGAGAAAUUGAAUUUCUGCCUGUAAUUCAAGAUUUAACUGACUGUUUGAAUGAAUUUGUAUUCAUUAAUUUAAAUGUAUCUGUGGAAUAGCAUAAAAGUGAUAUAUUGAGCCGUAGAACAACAGGGACGCAUAAUUAAAAACGCAUCAAACCAUACAUUCAAGGUAAUAAAACUCACUCUCAGAUGUGCUGUAUUUUUCUGUUCAGUUUUGUUUAUCAUUGUAUACACGCUGUCUGUUUUCUUUGUUUAAAAGCAUGUGAUUAACCUUUUUCUGUCUUUCAUUGUAAACAAUUUAUCAUAACAUUAAUUUCAUAAUCUGCAUAAUCAUCUGUUAUGCACAAUCCUUUGUGCCCUUGUUGUUGGAAUUAACAAUUAAAUACACCAUUUUGCGUC